CCCGCCUGUCUUCAAGACUCAAGUCUCUCUCUCUCUCCGCGCCUCAGGUUUGACGGUGGAGAUUACAAGGGCUCUCGAAUUGUCUCAGCCAUGGCGUCUCAGCCAUCAGCAGGUGGCAGCCCUCCUAAACCCUGGGAACAAGCAGGGGGCACAUCUGGUCCUUCACCUUUCAAACCUCCUACAAACGGCAGCACGACUGAUGCCGUUGAGUCUUCUGGCACCGCCAGACCUGGUGAAAUAGUUACCUCUGCAAAUAGAACCACUACAGCUGCUAAUACAAAUGCUCUUAGUAGGCCUGUACCGACUAGACCUUGGGAGCAACAAAACUAUGGGAGCACAUAUGGCGGGUAUGGUUCAAAUCUAGGUAUGAAUUCUGGUUACGGUUCAGGCAUGUAUGGUUCAUCAUACGGUGGGGGAUAUGGUUCAUCAUACGGGAGUGGAAUGUAUGGUAGUGGCAUGUAUAGGGGAGGUUAUGGUGGUCUCUAUGGAGGUUCUAGCAUGUAUGGGGGAGGAAUGUAUGGUGGUGGAUUUGGUGGUUCUAUGGGUGGUUAUGGUAUGGGCAUGGGACCUUAUGGCGGCCAGGAUCCAAACAAUCCCUUUGGUGAACCUCCCUCUCCUCCAGGAUUUUGGAUAUCAUUUCUUCGAGUGAUGCAAGGUGUUGUGAAUUUCUUUGGCCGUGUAGCUAUGCUGAUAGACCAAAACACACAGGCAUUCCACAUGUUCAUGUCUGCCCUCCUCCAGCUUUUUGAUCGUGGGGGUUUGUUAUAUGGGGAAUUAGCGAGAUUCGUGUUAAGGAUACUUGGGGUCAAAACAAAACCAAGGAAGAUGCAUCCUGUGGGGCCUGAUGGACUUCCCUUGCCUCACCAGCCGCAUGAUCCCCAUGGAAACCAGAACUAUCUCGAGGGACCUAAAAUGGCCGCUGCACCAAAUGGUGGUGGUGGUGGUUGGGACAAUGUAUGGGGCCACAAUGGCAACAGCUAAUGUUCACAAUUCGAAGAUUUCAUUACAUCCAAAAUGAACAUGUAGAUAGCAAUGCAGACAGCGGUCUUGCCGCUGGUUGGGGAACUACAAAAGCCAGAUUGUUUUGUCUCAGAUGGAGUCUCCUCUGUCCGGAGAGGAAACUCUCUCUCUCUCUCUCAAAAGCUGCAGAUGAUGUUGGACUGAGUGAUAUUAGACUGCGAAAAAUCUUUUGUUGCUGUGUUGUGCAUUUUUCUUCUUCCGUUGUGUCAGAAAAAAUGUGUGAUGUAAUGUAAUGGGUGAAGAACAUUAAAGUAUCAUGCAAUUCAAUAAA